AUGGCCUUUGAGGAUCUCCUUUCUGAAGCUGGAGAUAUGAGAAGAUUCCAGAUCCUUCAGGUCCUUUCUUUCGCUAUCACUCUAAUAUUUAUAAGUACCCAUUUUCUGAUAGAGAACUUCACUGCCUUUGUCCCUGAGCAUCGGUGCUGGGUUCAGUUGCUUGACAAUACCUCAGCUUCUCUCAAUAUCAGUGGGAACCUUAAUUUUAGUUCCCUUCUAAAGCUUUCCAUCCCCUUGGAUUCUAAUGGGAAACUAGAGAGGUGUCGCCGAUUCUUCUGGCCACAGGGGCAGCCUUUGGGUUCAAAUGUCAUAGGACAAAACCUUAGCCAGCCGGAGAUUGAGCCAUGUGUGGAUGGCUGGGUUUAUGACCAAAGCAGCUUCACUUCUUCCAUUGUGACUGAGUGGGACCUGGUGUGUGAUUCCUGGAAACUGAAGUCCUUCUGUCAGUCAAUAUUCCUUGCUGGGAUUCUGGUGGGAUAUCUCCUAUUGGGCUAUGUGUCAGACAGGUUUGGGAGAAAACGGAUGCUGCCUCCAGCUUACCUCAUGGUGGCUGUCUUCAGCACUGGUGCUGGUUUUGCCCCGACAUUCCCAGUUUACUGUUGUCUUCGCUUCCUGCUUGGGUUUUCAAUAUCAGGAAUCUUCCUUUUCGGUUUUACCCUUGUUAUGGAAUGGACAACCAGCAAGCACCGGCCCCUGGUAACAAUCAUAUUAACUCUGUGCAUGAGUCUGGGGCAUCAGUUUCUUGGGAUUCUGUCCUAUGGCAUCCAGGAAUGGCGCAAACUCCAGCUGGUAGUGUCUGCUCCCUCCUUUGCCUUCUUUCUGAUCUCUUGGUGGUUGCCCGAGUCUGCUAGAUGGCUGAUUGUCCACAACAAAUAUGAUGAUGCCUUAAAGGUGCUGAGGAAAGUUGCAAAAAUCAGUGGAGUAAAGGAUGAUUUCCUGACUGUAGAGGCUUUGAGAUCCACCAUGGAGAGGGAGCUGGCUGCAACACAGACCCAUUAUACCAUAUUGAAUUUAGUCCGCUUUCCGAUCCUGCGUACAAGAGUCCUCUGUAUGUCCUUUGCAUGUUUCACAACAGGGAUGUUUUUUUAUGGGCUCUCUCUGGAUCUUCAGAACUUGGGGAGCAAUAUUCAAAUGCUCCAGGUUCUUUUGGGAGUUUCUGCCUUCCUAAGCAGGGUUGGAGCCUUGUUUCUCAUGAACCGCCUUGGCCGUCGAACAAUAGCAGUGGCCUGCCUCCUUCUUGCUGGACUGUUCAUACUUCCUAGGGUAUUUCUGCCUCAAGGAAUUUUGCGCAUGGUUUUGGCGAUACUGGGGUUCAGCUGUAUUGUAGUCUGCAUAUCCAGUAAUGGUGUCUAUGUUAAUGAGCUCUUGCCCACAGAAGUCAGGAACACAGCCAAUGGAUUCAUUUUAACAGUAGAUCGGAUCGGGGCAGUGAUGGCCCCAUUAGUGAAUACACUCAGACAAAACAUUCCAGCCCUGCCUCAGAUCAUCUUUGCCAUUACAACAAUCACUGCCAGCCUUCUGGUGUUCUUCUUCCUCCCUGAAACCCAGAACCAGCCAAUGCCUGACACCAUCCAAGAAAUACAAUAUGGACAUUCAAGAAAAGAAGCAAGACGAAGAGAGGAGGGUGACCCUGCAGUGAAAAUAAGCCAGUUUUAAGAUUGCUCCAGGAAUACUUUAUAUAGACCUGUGCCCAUUUACUUGAAGCUGCCCUGAUUCCAAAGCUUAAUUCUCACGAUUCCCUUCAUCACACCUCUGUUCCAGCCAACCUCCUAAUUAUGUUCCUUUGCACAGGCUGUGCCCCUAUGCCUAGGUUCUUUUACCAACUUGCCUUUCCCUCUGACAAUCCUUAGGUACCAGCUCCAGUGGAAAAAAUUUUUCAUUCUCCUAGUUAUUAGUGAUCUUUCCUUCUUCAAAUUGUCUGUUUUAUUCAUUCCUUUACAUGUACUCUGUCUGCCAUUUGCCCUACAGAAUGUAAACUCUUGGAAGACAGGGCCUGUUUUUGUUUGUUUUCUCUCUGUGUCCUUAGCACCCAGAAUGGUCCCCUGUCUUCUUGGUCUUUAAUAAAUCUUUAUUGAAUAGAACUGCUCAAAUUGAAUUAUUAAAAACCAAUAUGAAGAGAAGUCAACAAAAUCUGGCAGUUGGUAUGAAACCAGGUGGA